UUACCAGUCACAAAUAUCGAAUAGAGGACAUGAUUUAAGAGACCUCUGCAUCAUAUAGAAAAAGGAAACUGAAAGUCAGAGAUGGCAAAUGGACCAGGAUUGUCCAUGGCUAAGGGUGGGGAAAUUUACGUAGGGACUGAAAUCAGAGAUUCCGUCUCCCUGUUGAAUGUUCUCUAUGCAAAUCAGUUUGAAAGAGAGUCUUCUAAUCCAGAAGAUCUUAAGCAGACAGAGGAAAACUUUUACAGAGGGGCCCCACCCACAUGGCUAAACUUUCACAUUAGUGAACAGGCAGAGUCAAAGGGCACUGGAACUCCUUUUAUUAAACGAGACGGAUGCACUAAACUUGUGGAACAAAUUAACAAAAGCAGAAAACGCCCUGGAAUACACACUGUUAAACUGUUCCACCAGCCAGGAUGUGGGGGAACCACACUGGCCAUGCAGGUGUUGUGGGACUUACGGAAAUCAUUCAGGUGUGCCGUUCUAACAGACUCAACUUCAGACAUCACACAUGUUGCAAAGGAGGUGGUCAACCUCUUCACCGCAGGGAGUCGAGGCUACCAGAACACUGUGCUGCUGUUACUGAGCAGUGAGCAGAUUUUGGAAAAUCUGCAGGAAAGCAUCAUGAAGACAAUUGCUGAACAGAAGAUAAAAAUCCAUAUGACUGUGGCGAUUUUACUCAGCUGUGUGAGAAAAGAGGAAGUUGGAGAGAGUGACAGUGAAGCCCUAAAAAGUGACCGUGCGGGCCUAAAAAGUGACCUUGAGGUCCAAAAAAGUGACAGUGUGGUCCUAAAAAGACAACUCUCUGACACAGAGGAGGAAAAAUUUAAUGAGAAAAGGGAAGAGCUGAGCAGAAGGUUUAGUGAUAAAUAUGAACAAUUUCAUGGCUUUAACAUCAUGCAAACUAAUUUCUCUCAAGCCUACGUUAAAGAUGCAUGCUCAGAGUUCAGAAAAGCAAAUACACCACUGAAGACUCAGCUUGCUGCCUUCCUAUCCCUGCUGAAUGCCUAUGUACCAGGUUCAUAUCUCCUGGAGUCUCAGUGCCUGAACUUCCUCAGACAUGAUGAGGACAGACUGGAGCCAUUUAGUCAUCUCAUCGUCAUCUUCCAACCGGAUGAAACAUCUGAAAGAAGAGUCGCCAUGGCUCAUCCAAUGAUAGCACAGGCAUGUACUGAACUGAUGGCAGAGGCAGGUGUGACCAGAAGUGGCACAGCAAGAAACCUUUUGACCUGUUUGUGCAAAGAUGAGGUUCCUCCAUGUUUGAUUGGCUUUGUCAAAGACAUGUUAACCAAAAGAGAAAUGAAAAGAGAAGAGAAUCCAGUCAAAAGCAAAGACAGUAAAGAGGAAAAAGAAAUGUUUUCUAGACUGAUUCUAGAUAUUCAAAAAAAGGAGGAAGAAGAAGCCCAGAGUGCAUCAGUUUUAGAGAUGGCAUCAGAGAAAUUUCAGCAGAAUCCAUUUUUUCCACAAGCCCUUGCUCGUGUUUAUUACAUAGAAGUAAAAGACUACAACCAAGCAGAGAAAUGGGCAGAAGAGGCAAAAAAAAGAGAUCCUCAAAAUUCUUUUGUUGCUGAUACACUGGGCCAAGUCCAUAAGUACCAUCUGAAAAAGCUGGAGAGCGGACCAAGAGAAAUUUUGCAGCUGGCCACAAAGGCCAUUGAAGCUUUCAAACAUGAAGAACAACUUGCUGAAAAGGAAUGUGGACCAGACAUGAAAGGUGUUGGCAUGAGGAAAGUCUCACAUGUUUUUAACACCAGCGGGAAGUUUGGUUACCUGCAGGUUUGUUAUAUUCUGUAUGACCGUCUUGUCAAUCAGAACAACACCUGGAAAAGAGUUCUCACAAAGGAGGAGUCCACACACUUUGUCCAGGACUUUCUCAGAGAAAAUGAACUCCUCGGAUUUCAAGAUCUAAUAAACAGCCUCAGAGACGACGUUGAAAGAAAAUGUGCAUUUUUUGAUAAAUUCCUGACUUACUCAAAGCCUGACAUGAAGAAAAAGGAUGUCUGCAACAUGUCAGAAUGCUACAGGAAGUAUGUUGGAGACUCUCCACCCUCACACAUUAAAGAAAAAUGUGCUGGUCUCAUGCAGAAGCUUAAACAGAACCUGGCUGAGACCUCUGCUGGAGUACUCUCAUGUCUUGACAGAGAAUACACUAAAUCAGAGCUUAAAGAAAUAACUACAUGGUGGGAAGAAAUCUACUCAAGCAAAGAUUCAUUAACAGCUCUGACCAACUACAUUCUUGCCCAUAUCAUGUUAUUAAAUGCAGAAGUACAGUUUCAUUCCAAACUAAAGUAUCUAACUGCGUUUAAAAGGAAGUUGCCCCUGAGUCCAAACGACACACCUGAGGCCCACAUGUUAGCCCUCAUGUUAUACUGGCCUACAGACAGCAAAAAAAAAUGUGACUUUGACCUCAGCAAGUUAGUCCAGGAUAUGCGCCGCUCUUAUGAACAGGCAUAUGAGACAUACUUUCGAUCGAGGUACCUUCGCCCUCUGUUUUUCAUUGGAAAAGGUCAAGAUCUGAACAGAAUUGUUCACAGAAAAGUCCUCGAGGGAUUGUUUCUUGAUCAAGAGAAGGAGGAAAUAAACGAUAAGAGCAACUGGAACAAUGAGAAGAUUUUCCAAGAUCCCAAGGUUCAAGAACGCCUUCUCAGAGUUGAAGGGGUGAUACAAAACUACACAGUGUAUGCUACGGUUGGAGGCACAGAGAUUGCGGUGGAUGCAAACCUGCGAAACAGCCUCUGGAAACCACGUUCAGUUUCCUUUUACCUUGGGUUUACCAUCAGAGGGCCUGUAGCCUUUGGCAUCCAGACCAAAGCUGCAUAAAAAGCAUGAAGCAUGGAACAUUACAACAUUUGAAAAGAAUCCUGUCGACAAACAACCAACAGACAUCAGUUACUGUAUUUUUGCAUUUUUACAUUUUGUGUAUUCUGUAUUUUUUUUUUUCUGUUAAUGUUUAACAUUUUUUAAUGUUACUAUUUUAGACUGUAAGUGUCUUUAUCUAUGGUGAUGCUCACUGUUGGAUCCUUUAGUAUGAAAUGUGCUUUAUAAAUAAUGUUCCUGGUUUCUUGGGCAAGCAAAUAACUGGGUAAAUUAAGAUAGAUGUUAAAUAUAUUGCUGGCAAGCGAUGUGUAACAUCUGUGUCACGUGCAGUUUUGGAAAUAAGGAGGGUGAAACGUGAAAAUGUCACAGGUCUUUAUUGGUUUAUCUGAGCCAUCAGCUCCUCCAGCUGUGGCCGUGCCUUGAACCGCGCUUUGUAAUCAGCCUCCGUGUGCUGAGAGGGAGAGAGGGAGGAGAGAGGUGAGGAGGUUACUACUGAA